AUGAACUUAAAUCUAUCUGAAUCAGAUCAAGCCAUUUUGGCUCAUCUUUGUGGAAUUCAUUAUGUGGAGCUAAUGCUUGAGUCCCUCUUAUUAUCUGAUGGUGCUUUCGUUGCUCAUUUUUCAUGGCACAUUCUUGCUUUUACUCUUCUUCUAGGAUUUUCUAAUUAUCAGUUUGUCACCCUGGAUUAUCUAGUCUCGUUUCUUCUCUUUUUGCCUGACUUGAAGCAGUAGUAUUUCUACUCUGUCCGAGAUAUGAUUCACUUGCUGGAUCUCACUAAAGGUGCUAAUCAUCCAUUGGCAGAAUAUUUCCACAAUAAGUUGGUGGAGACCAUUCAAUUCAUGGAAAUACUUAAUCUUAAGGACAGUGUAGAAAAGGACACUUUCUUCCGUAAGCUUCCAAAUCUUGCAGAGCAACUUCCUCGAGAAAUCGUGCUGAAGAAGUUACUUCCUCUGCUGGCUUCUGCAUUAGAAUUUGGUUCAGCUGCUGCUCCUGCUUUAACGGCGCUGUUGAAAGUGGGUUCUUGGCUUUCAACAGAUGAGUUCAGUGUCAAGGUACUGCCUACGAUCAUAAGACUUUUUUCCUCCAAUGAUCGGGCUAUCCGAGUUGGUCUUCUGCAGCACAUUGAUCAAUAUGGGGAGUCAUUAUCUGCACAAGUUGUUGAGCAAGUUUAUGCUCAUGUGGCUACUGGGUUCUCUGACACGUCUGCUUUUCUUCGGGAGUUGACACUUAAAUCUAUGCUUGUAUUGGCUCCUAAGCUCUCACAUCGCACGAUAUCGGGAUCUUUGUUGAAAUAUCUCUCUAAACUACAGGUUGAUGAAGAACCAGCAAUUAGAACAAACACCACUAUAUUGCUUGGAAAUAUUGCCAGUUACCUUAAUGAGGGAACAAGGAAAAGGGUGCUAAUAAAUGCAUUCACUGUUCGUGCCUUGCGUGAUACAUUUUCACCUGCCCGAGCAGCAGGUGUCAUGGCUUUGUGCGCUACCAGCUCUUACUAUGACGUGACUGAGAUUGCAACCCGCAUUUUACCUAAUAUAGUUGUACUUACCAUUGAUCCCGACAGUGAUGUUCAAUCAAACGCAUUCCAAGCAGUUGAUCAGUUUUUGCAAUUAGUCAAGCAGCACCAUGAGAAGACUAGCACUGGAGAUACCAGCACUGCAAGCAUGGGAACUUCUUCAAUGCCUGGAAAUGCGAGUUUGCUAGGUUGGGCUAUGAGCUCAUUGACUCUUAAAGGCGGUAAAUCCUCUGAGCAGAGUCCAAAUGCUCCAGCUUGUUCAACUGUGCCUCCUACUUCUGCAGUCCCCGAUGCUAGCUCAAAUAGUUCGGGUAUAACACAAAUUCAUGUAAGUUCUAGCAACGAUAUGACAGAUCAGCCUUUGCCAGUAUCCCCAACAUCAAAUGAUGGAUGGGGAGAACUUGAAAAUGGAAUUCAUGAAGGUCAUGACAAUGAUAAAGAUGGUUGGGAUGACAUCGAGCCCCACGAAGAGCCAAAACCAUCUCCCGCUCUAGCAAAUAUCCAAGCUGCUCAAAGACGUCCGGUCUCUCAACCAAAACUGCAAGUUACAGGUUUGCGAGGAAGCAUCACACCAAAGGUAACCAAAAAUGAAGACGAUGACCUGUGGGGAUCUGUACCUGCUUCUGCUCCUGCUCCAAGAACCAGUUCUCAGCCAUCAAGCUCUAGAGCAAGUAGACCAGUUGACGAUGAUGACCCGUGGGGUGCCAUAGCUGCCCCAGCUUCUUCAUCGAAGCCUUUGAACGUGAAAAAAGGCGGAGCACUUGAUGAUAAUGAUCCUUGGGCUGCUAUUGCAGCUCCUGUACCAACUGCUAAAGCCAGACCUUCAGUUGGCAGAGGCCGAGGAAACAAACCUACGGUUCCUAAAUUGGGUGCCCAAAGAAUAAACCGAACAUCAUCUGGAAUGUAGAUUACAAAAUCAAAACUAGGCUCAACAGUGAAAUAAGAUUUCACUAGUCUUGUAAAAUUUUCCCCUCAUCAUGUCAGUAAAAGUUCUAACUGAAAUAUAAUUGAGAGUUGUAUCUAUAUUCCCUUAGUCUGAACACUGUAUUCUUUGCGCAAAUUCAUUGUUGCAAUUCUUUGUAGUUCACGGAAGUCAUUACAUGCGAUUUCAACUUGAAUUAGCAAAUUUUUGUAUUAUUUUUUA